GGCCUUCACGGCAUUGUUGGAAAAGAAGCUGCCCAUCAAACAAUAUAGACUAGGUAGUUAGACCUGACCAGGCUUGCUUGUUUUCAGCCGAGAGGUACAAAGAUGGAUCUUGUCCUGAACAUUGCCGAUCAUUACUUCUUCACUCCGUACGUGUACCCUGCUUCCUGGCCGGAGGACGAGGCUCUGAGGCAAAUCAUUGGCCUCCUGAUAGUCACCAACCUCGGGGCAGCCAUCCUGUACCUAGGCUUGGGCAGUCUGAGCUACUUUUUCAUCUUUGACCACAGUUUAAUGAAGCACCCUCAGUUUCUACCGAACCAGGUGUGGCGAGAGAUCAAGUAUGCCAUGAGCUCUCUACCCUGGAUCAGUAUCCCAACUGUGGCAUUGUUCUUCGCUGAGGUCAGAGGAUACAGCAAGCUUUAUGACAACGUCACAGACUCCCCAUUCGGUUGGCCUGGACUGAUUUUCAGCAUGGUCUCCUUCCUGUUUUUCACUGACAUGUGCAUCUACUGGAUACAUCGCUUUCUUCAUCACAAACUCAUUUACAAGCAUUUCCACAAGCCCCACCACGUGUGGAAGAUCCCCACGCCUUUUGCCAGCCAUGCCUUCCACCCCGUGGAUGGCUUCCUGCAGGGUCUGCCCUACCAUGUCUACCCUUUUCUCUUCCCCCUGCACAAGCUGCUCUACUUGGGCCUCUAUGUGUUCGUCAACGUCUGGACCGUGUCCAUCCAUGACGGGGACUAUCGGGUCCCCAGCCUGCUGGAGAAGGUCAUCAAUGGCUCCGCCCACCACACCGACCACCACCUCUUCUUCGAGUAUAACUACGGCCAGUACUUCACCCUGUGGGACCGCAUUGGGGGCUCCUACCGGCACCCCUCUGCCCUGGAAGGCAAAGGGCCUCGCGACUGCAUCAGGAGGCUGGAGGCCCAAGGCAAGCUGAAGAACGGCAUCAACGGCACCAACAGCACCAAUGGUCACAUCGAUGCAAGCUCCGCCAUCAGCAAAGCACAGAAGCAAGAGUAGCUCUCCCGAAGCACAGCGUGGCCCCAUUCCUUUCAGCAGGCACGAGGGAGCCUGUCUCAUUUCCUACAGCCUUCACCUUAACACAUACAUUUGCCUUUAAGUUCAGCAGGAAAUUAGUCAACAAGUAGUGUAUCCCUACUUCAGCACCGUUGUUUCUCCUCUGGUUGUCUAUGCAACUGUCAGGAUGGUAGAUGGUAAAAGGGUACAGUACAAACUGCUCCAUUCAAAACUCACAUGUAAAAACAUUUUUGAAUUUAGAAAGCUGCAAAAGACUCUGCUUGUAAAAUACAUAAUCAAUGUUUGGUUUCAGACAGUUGCAGUUCUCUUGUUUGCCAAAAGGAGGCGUGCUCCAUGAUUUUUAGAUGCCAUUGCCCUUGUUUGUUUUCUCCCUGCAGGCUGCUUGGCAGAAAUAGCUUCCCUCAAAGACAUUUGAUAAGAGUAACAGAAAUUAGUUGUUUAUUGAGCUUCUCUAAUAAUCAUGCCAUUUUCACAGUGUACAAAGUACAAAAGGAUUCAGGGCACCGGUUGGGUUUUUGUUAGAGUGGUAUUGAUGGUUGGCAAACAUCUGAGAAAUGAUAUUGGCUUGUAUAUAACUGGCUGCAUUCCUUGUUCAUGAUUGAAAUGCCAAUAUUGUGGCAGUUAGAUUAUAGGACUUUUAAAGGGAACUAAUGCAAAAUAAAAUGAGUAAUCUAGAGUAAAUGUGAUCAUUUAGAACAGGUGGGCUGCAGCUCGGCUGUGGUGCUAAAUGCCAGAUGGUGAUCAAACAAAGGUGCAAUAUUCAUGCGCUGGGCCUCUUAUCCGUGGGAUGUCACAAUUUCCUGUGUAUCUAAUGCUAAUGAGAGCACAGGAGCUAAUUAAACUGCAUGCGAAAUUUACUGGAGCAAGCUCGAAGGAAGAUGCUUUGAUGAGUGUCGAGAUGUGAAAUAUUUUACAUUGAGGAGAUAUUUGUCUCCAGAUGAUGGAUUAUAAUCUGUGAAAUUGUCAUUUGAAAUGACAUAAAGGUUUGAGAUUAUGGAAGACAUGUGGCCUUUGUUUUGUUACCUGAAAAAUGAAAGCAGAUUGUGUGUAUUUUGUAAAAUGGAUAUUUUGUGUAGGCCCCACCUCUCUGAAUUUCCAUUAAUCAAGUAUUUUUGCAUGUAAACUACAAAGUGAAGGGAAACUGUCCCUGUGUCCACAAUGGUGGAAGAAUGGAAACUUUGAAUGUGUUAGUGUGUAUGGUGUUUGGAUGAGAGCUCCUUAUCCUUUUUCUGCUCUAUUGCUAGGUGAAUCCAAACUCUUUUAAACAGAUGCAGGUGAUAUCAGAAUUUUAAGUGACAUAGAUAAAAUGUCUGAAAGGGUUACCAGUAAA